GCACACAUUUGGCUGAAAAUAGGCAGCAAGCUUUUGAGCUCACUUAAGCUACAGAUCUUUCAAAUAAAUAGCAACCUGGACGUGAAAUAUGUGGAAUCUAGUUUGCAGAUAGUUUACUUCGUUCUUGCCAAAAUUAUCAGCUUAAAAUGGUCGGGGAAAAUCAAGUGUGAAUAAAAAUAAUGCUCUAGGAACCGGCGGAAAACGGCGACGAAUAGGGGCACUAGCGGGACCACCUGGAGGCCACUGGAAGGAGAGGGACUAGAGCAGGAGUUUUCGCCAUGGCGCUGGUGGACGAAGGCAACUACGCCUAUGUGAAGCAGGUGGCUCUGGACUGGCGGGAGCUGGUGCGGGAGAAGCGCCAGAGCAAUCUCUUUUCGCCCGUGCUGAGCAUGCAGGCGGUUGAGUCCGAACAGCGGAUGGCGGACACAAGGUCGCGGACCCAGUCGAUGAUUCCGGCCGAGAGGCGGGAGUCCAGCUUCUACCGGCACCGCUUCUCGCAGCCGGCCAAGCCCGUGGAGAUUGAGUGCCAGGAGGCCUCCUCCAUGGAGCCGGACCGCAUUCGGGUCAGCGGGAACGUUCUGCUGUACAUCUACCAACCGAUCAUAGUUUCGAAAACCGUGAUGGACUCCAUUCAAGCCUGGUCGCCCAGUGACAUGAGCCUAGUGUCGUCCCAACUGGUGAAGCCUAUCAGAGAAGAGAAAGCAGCGGCUAAGGUGGAACGCAAUCCAACACCCGAGCCCAAGUCGCCAUAG